GUAUCAAGGGCGACCCACUGGCGGAUCAACCUACAGGGGCGGCUGAACCGUAUAUGAGAGGCGCAUCAAGGGCGAGCCAAGGCGGUUGAACUUUAUGUAGGGGGCUGAUCGGGGGCGACCCGCUGGCGGACCAUCCUAUAGGGGCGGUUGAACCAUACAAAACGGCGUAUGUGGGGCGGAUGAACGGCGGGUGAAACAUUUCAAGGCAAACCUGGGCGACCCCGGGGCGAGUCGCUGGCGGACCAACGUCACGAUAAAAAAAACUGAUCGUGCGCCAAAUUGUUGCAAAUUUUAUCCGCCAGCGGGUCGCCCGUGGUCCGCCAAAUCAAACGCUGGCGGAUUGCCAGAGCGGUUUGGCGGUCCGCCAGCGAACCGCCGGCGGGCUGCCCAGUCAAUGUGGGACGGCGCAAGUUCGUGGAAGUUCUGAUCAACAACGAACCGAUCGAACUCCAGCUCGACUGCGGAUCGGACUACACCAUCAUCUCGACGGAUUCACUUCCCCUGCUCGGCAACCCAGAAACCAUUCCGACGGAACUGCGGGUGGCCACAGCUUCAGGCAAACCCCUUCCGCUGGAAUUGGAGUUCGAGUGUGACGUCACGUUCUUGGGAGCGACCUGAUGGAUGCUUUCGGGCUGUGUACGACAUUCCGAUCAACGACUUCUGCAAGCAACUCACAACUGCGGAGGACUCGUCGGCGUGUGGUGCCGCGCUGAAGGCGAAAUUUCCGGCCGUGUUCCAGGAAGGACUCGGACGGUGCACGAAAACGAAGAUCCAGCUGUUCCUGAUCGACGGGGUGAAGCCGGUCUUCAAACCUAAGCGGCCAGUGCCGUUCCACUCGCAGCGGCUGGUCGAGAAGGAGCUCAACCGAUUGCAGAACAUGGGAGUGCUGGAGCCGGUCGACUACUCGGACUGGGCGGCACCCAUCGUGGCAGUUCGGAAGGCGCAGCGCAACGCAGACGGAGAUCCGAUGGUCCGCAUUUGCGCGGAUUACUCGACCGGGUUGAACGCCGUGCUGGAGGCGAACAAGUACCCUCUCCCUACCCCCGACGACAUCUUCGCAAAGCUGGCUGGCAGCAAGUUCUUCAGCGUAAUUGACCUGUUGGACGCUUAUCUGCAGAUGGAGGUAGAGGAGGAGUCGCAGAAGCUGUUGACUAUGAACACACACAAGGGGCUGUUCAAGGUCAAGCGUCUGCCGUCGGGAGUGAAAUCCGCUCCUGGAGCCUUCCAGAAGGUCGUUGACAACAUGCUCGCCGGCCAGGAAGGAGCGGCGUCGUUCGGCCGAACGCGCGCUGAGCACGACCGGAACUUGGAGCAAACACUGCAGCGGAUCCAAUAUUUCGGUUUCCGGUUCAAGAUCGAGAAGUGCAAGUUCUACAUGACGGAGGUGAAGUACCUGGGCCACAUCAUCAACCAAAACGGAAUCCGCACCGACCCGGGGAAAGUGUCUGCCAUCUCGCAGAUGCCACUGCCGAAGAACCUCACCGAGCUGCGUUCGUUCUUGGGCGCGGUCAACUACCCGUGCAUGGGUAAAUAACAAGGGAAAUGCGUAAUAAUACCUUUCUCUGGUAUCAAUACCAAAUUUUGGUAUUCCUGGACCCUUUAAAAUUUGUCUUAAGGAUUAUGCAAGAGCAAAAUGUGCUAUCAUACCAAUUUAAGGUAUUGUUUUGAUAUUGCAAAAUUGCAGAAUUUGUCAAUAGUCGAACACCACAUUUUGGUAUUCUUUUGGU